AUGAGGAAUUUCACUUAUCUGGAUCCGACGCUAGAUGAUUUGAAAUGCCAAUUGAUUUCUGGCAAGAGCUGUGUAAACGAAUCCGUUUCGUCGGGCCUUGAGUGUAUUAGCUACGGAAAUUCUAUAGACUUCAAUUGUGAAUUGAAUUUAGACAUUGAAAAUGAAACUUCUUACAGUUGUUUUCAAUGUUCAAAUAAUACUCUGGAUACGAAUAGCAACGAUACUACAUGUAGCACUCGAUUCAAGCUGAACAUGAUGACAGUUUUAUUCGAGAGUGCGUUGAAAAAUUUAUGGUUGAGGAUACCAGAUUUGGGUGCAUGCGGUUGGAGCACGCUGUUCUGUUACGACGACGUUUCGAAUCGGACGUUUUACAUUGACGCUUUUAAUGGUAGUGAUAAAAGUGUAGUGUACGAAAACUAUCAAUGUAGAUGGGAUUUUGAUAAUGGUACAGAAGAAAUUGUAGGAAGUGGUGCGAGUUAUGAAUGGAGUUUCUUGUUUGUGAUAUUGUUUAUAGUGGCCGGUGGCGUUGGCAAUAUUUUAGUGUGUCUAGCAGUGUGUUUGGAUAAGAGACUACAGAAUGUGACCAACUAUUUCCUGCUAUCAUUGGCGAUCGCUGAUUUGCUGGUCAGUUUGUUCGUCAUGCCGAUGGGAGCUAUUCCAGGAUUUUUAGGUUAUUGGCCUUUGGGCGUAGUCUGGUGCAACGUGUAUGUGACUUGUGACGUGCUUGCAUGCUCCGCUAGUAUCAUGCACAUGUGCUUCAUCAGUAUCGGCAGGUAUCUCGGCAUCCGGAACCCUUUGAAGAGUCGUCAUCACUCUACAAAGCGGCUGGUUGUAAUAAAGAUCGCGCUGGUGUGGCUCUUGAGCAUGUUCGUUUCAAGCUCUAUCACAGUACUAGGUAUUAUAAACAAAACGAAUAUAAUGCCAACGCCAGAUCUCUGCGUUAUCAACAACAGACUGUUUUGGGUGUUCGGCUCGUUGGUCGCGUUCUACAUCCCCAUGCUGAUGAUGGUUGUAUCAUUCGCGUUGACUGUGCAGCUUUUGAAGAGGCAAGCGAGAUUGGCAGCUACACCUGUACCAGGAGGAUCGCAUAGAAGGCAAUGCGGUGGUUACGACAAUGGAUCAAUGCAGUGUGUCAGAAGAUUAGGAGCCAGGAGUUCCCCGGAUCUAUCACCAAACGAGUCGAGGCAACUAACUUGGAGAGUAACAACAAACACACGGACACAAAGAAAUAAAAUAGGCAUGAGCGUCUCACAACCUCAGCUGAGUUACAUAAAUGGUUGCGGUAAUGGCACGGGGUCGGGGUCGAUGCGGAGAGGUCGGGACGUUGCUACGCAGACACCACCGAGUAUAGCAGCAGAAACCAGACGAGCCAGACUAAUACCGUUGAAAUUGACAUUGGCAGCACCAAAUGCACUAUCUUUGAGAUUCUUAGCUAACCGCAAAAAGGACAGAUCGUUGUCUGCAAAUGCUGUUGCCAACGAGCAGAAAGCGACAAAAGUACUAGGAUUAGUAUUUUUCACGUUCGUCUUGUGUUGGGCGCCGUUUUUUCUACUCAACAUAUUAUUUGCCUCGUGUCCAGAAUGUACCGUACCAGAGCACGUGGUGGACGUUUGUCUUUGGUUAGGUUACGUGUCUUCUACUAUCAACCCAAUCAUUUACACGGUUUUCAACAGAACCUUCAGAGCUGCCUUCUUGAGACUUCUUAGAUGCCAUUGUAGCAGACGAGGUCGUUGUACUCGCUAUAUAUCUGUCGGAUCAACGCGAGGCGCGUCCCAACUCUGCGCACGAUCGGCUUUACCGCUAGCGAUAUCGUUGCGACCGUCAGCAAUGCCGACAACUACACCGACACAGGAGACUACUGAAACAGUACUUGUAGAGACACAGUUAAGUGAUUUUAAAGUUCGAUAUUAGAUGUGUAUUAGUAUUUUUUAGUGUACAGAUUAUCAUUCAUAGUUUUAAGUUCCUCGUCUGAAUGUUAAUUGCUCUAGAUUUAAUUAUGUCAGUUGUAAAAUGAGCUAUGUGUAAUUAAAGUUCUUAAGAUAUUUAACCGUGGAGUAUUAUAAUAGUUAGUACUUAGUAUUACAAUUAUCUUCGAUUCAGGGUUCCAAUAAAAUCUCUUUUUAUAUAGA